AUGCCUGGUUCCUGUGAGGUUUGCUCUUUAGAGCCCUCAAAAUACCGCUGUCCCACAUGCGCACUGUUGAGUUGCUCACUCGCAUGUACCCAGUCACAUAAGAUAUACUGUGCUCCGAAAGCACCAUCGAACGAGGAACCGAGUAACACCCCGGCUCCCGAUGUCGAUCCCACACCCAAAAAUGAUAGCAAGGGCCCUGAACCUAUAGAGCCAACUGGCACCAAAGCUACUGUGAUCACCCCUGCAGCAGUGGGGGCAUCGCCAGAGAUGAAAGAACUUCUCAGCCAGUACCCAGAACUCCGCAGUCAGCUACAAGAAAUGUUUCAGUCAACCCUGGAAGAAGAAUGGGUAGAAUCAUACACAGCCCCUGCACGAGGGCGUGGGCGUGGCCGCGGGCGAGGUCGCGGAGGGUCUACUCCUCGCAGCCGUGGCCCCUGGACGUCUGAGAAAGGCUUCAACCGCGGCCUGGGUAGAGUCCGCAAGCUGAGACAGGAUUGCGAGGAAGGAACAGAGACUGGCAAGACCGCUGAGGCUUUCAUGCGGUUUAUGGCGCUUGUUAAACAGGGCGGUGCCUCAGCCUGA